GCGGUCAGGUUCUUCCCUCAUCGCUCUCCAAUGAGAGCAGGGUGUCAAAACGUAAGGUGCCUACUAAAUCACCCCACCCAGCCCUCCUAGCUGGCAAGGUGGAGAAGCCAUGUAUUGUCCUGUCUGUGUUUGUUUCUCGGUCUUUCACAGAAUCCCUCUUCUCCCUCCUCCUUGGGAACAGCUCAGCUAUGUGGAGGGCUCUGGACUCAGCAGGUUUAGAAAUAGGCAGAGGUUUAACACUGGAGCUGGGUGUGUGUCACAAUUCCCCUCACCUCCCCAGAUGUCUGCCUCCCCCAGGGCGACUCAGUGACCACGUUCCCUUCCUCUUAGAUUCCACAUUCCCCAACACAACACAGGGACAGGUUCUACCCACGAAAUGUCCUUUCUGACAGAUGCUCUCUCAAUCCUCCACUCAUCCUGAUCUGGUCUGAUUUCACUCCCUGCACAGGAUUUCCCCUUCCCAAACUGACCCAAUCACCCGGCUGGAAUGAGAGGAAGAGCCGUGGGUGCCCAAUCUCCAGGCCAGUGAGGAAAGAGUGAUCCCGAGAGGCGCCCACACAGGUGAGGACUGACACUCAAACCAUCUGGGGAAUGAAGAAAAAGUUGAGAAUCCGCAAAAUGUAGUCUCAAUAAGUGCCCUUAGUUCCUUCCUCAUCUCCCCCAGGGCAGGGCUGCAGUCAGCAGGUAUCACUGACAUCGCUUUCCAUGUGUCCUGUUACCUGCAGGAGUUUCCUUCCCAACUUUCCUUCUCUGUGAAAGUUUGGGUGGGAAGUGGAGGCAGAAUCCAAUUUCUCCGUCUGUGCAGCUUAGUAUGUUGGGUUUUCCCUCGGUGAUAUUCCUCUUAAUUUCUCCCCAGCACAAUGACUUCUGUCUGGAUUGUCUCUCUCCCAGCAGUUGAUGAGAGAGUGAGUGAGAACGAGGAGGGGAAUCAACAGCAGGAAGUUCCCGGGCACGGGGAAUCGCAGAGAACCUCUGUGGGAAGACCCCAUAAGUGCUUAGACUGUGGAAAAAGUUUCAUACAGAAGUCACACCUUGUUGCACAUCAGGCAGUCCACACCGGAGAGAGGCCCCAUAAGUGCUUAGACUGUGGAAAAAGCUUCAUACAGAAGUCACACCUUGUUGCACAUCAGGCAGUCCACACCGGAGAGAGGCCCCAUAAGUGCUUAGACUGUGGAAAAAGUUUCAUACAGAAGUCACACCUUGUUGCACAUCAGGCAGUCCACACCGGAGAGAGGCCCCAUAAGUGCUUAGACUGUGGAAAAAGUUACAUACAGAAGUCACACCUUGUUAGACAUCAGGCAGUCCACACCGGAGAGAGGCCCCAUAAGUGCUUAGACUGUGGAAAAAGUUUCAUACAGAAGUCACACCUUGUUGCACAUCAGGCAGUCCACACCGGAGAGAGGCCCCAUAAGUGCUUAGACUGUGGAAAAAGUUACAUACAGAAGUCACACCUUGUUAGACAUCAGGCAGUCCACACCGGAGAGAGACCCUACAAGUGCUUAUACUGUGGAAAAGUUUCAUAGAGAGGUCAGGGCCUUCUUAUACAUGAGACAGUCCACACCAGAGAGAGACCUCAUAAGUGCCUAGACUGUGGAAAAAGUUUCAUACGGAGGUCAGGCCUUGUCAUUCAUCAGGCAAUCCACACUGGAGAGAGACCCCACAAGUGCUUAGACUGUGGGAAAAGUUUCAUGCGGAGGUCAGACCUUGUUAAACAUCAGGCAAUUCACACCGGAGAGAGACCUCAUAAGUGCCUAGACUGUGGAAAAAGUUUCAUAUGGAGGUCAGGCCUUGUCAGACAUCAGGCAAUCCACACUGGAGAGAGACCCUACAAGUGCUUAUACUGUGGGAAAAGUUUCAUACAGAGGUCAGGUCUUCUUAUACAUCAGACAAUCCACACCAGAGAGAGACCUCAUAAGUGCCUAGACUGUGGAAAAAGUUUCAUACGGAGGUCUGGCCUUGUCAUUCAUCAGGCAAUCCACACUGGAGAGAGACCCCACAAGUGCUUAGACUGUGGGAAAAGUUUCAUACGGAGGUCAAGCCUUCUUAUACAUCAGGCAAUCCACACUGGAGAGAGACCUCAUAAGUGCUUAGACUGUGAAAAAAGUUUCAUACGGAGGUCAGGCCUUGCUAAACAUCAGAUAA